AGAGCUGUGUUAUAUAAGUUAUAGUUGUUAAUCGAAUACAUUUCACGUAUUUCCUACCUCAUUCCACUCUCUUUGUUCAAGGGGCAUACGUGAUAACGUUCGAUUAAAGUCCGCUCACUUUAACGAUAUCAGUUAAAUCCAGGUUUUCAUUGCUGUCGUCGGACGUGAUCAUUAAAAUAGAACUUUGUUAUCAGCGCGGAAACCAAUAAAUAUGUACGAAAAUAUUCUGAAAAAUAGUGAGAAAGUAACUAAUAAUAUGUUAAUGUUUCGUGACUCAAUUACGAUCUGCCUUAAAUCUUAAAUUGAAAUAUGUAUCUAAGCAUGUUUCCUCCUACCUACGUCGAAGGUUUUCACGACCCCGAAGAGGUAAAAGCUAUGGAAUACAAAGAACUCGGAAAAACAGGGCUGCUCGUAAGCAAAUUAUCUUUCGGCACCGGUCCGCUCGGCUGUCAUUACGGCACGUAUAACGAGGCGGACGCUAUCGAAGCUGUACGUCAGGCAAUAAAACGAGGCGUCAAUUACAUUGAUACAGGACCAUGGUAUGGCCAAGGUCGAUCCGAGACAACUCUCGGCAAGGCGUUAAAAGGCAUUCCACGUCAAGCUUACUACAUCGCGACGAAAGUAGGCAGAUACGAGUUAGAUUAUGACAAUAUGUUCGACUUUUCCAUUGAGAAAACACGAAAGAGUUUUAAGAAGAGUUUGGAGCUGUUAGGAGUAGAUUACAUCGAUGUUAUUCAAGUUCACGAUAUUGAAUUUGCACCCUCGUUGGAUGUAAUAAUCACGCAAACCUUGCCUGAAUUGUCGAGAUACGUAGCCGACGGCAAAGCCAAGCAUAUAGGUAUAACUGCAUACCCGGUCUCCGUACUGAAAGAAUGCAUCGAAAAGAGUAAUAUAAAUAUUGCUUGUGUGUUGAGUUACGCGAGGCUCACUCUCAUCGACGAAACUUUACUGGAAUACGUUCCAUUCUUCAAGGAGCAUAACAUUGGUUUAAUUAACGCUGCCACACCGUGCAUGGGUCUUCUAACAAAUAACAGCCCACCAAACUGGCAUCCAGCCUCUGACGAGAUGAAGAAACAAUGCGCGAAUGCCGCACAGUACUGCAAGGAUCGUGACGUAGAACUCGGCAAAUUGGCGAUAUGGCACUCCAUGCAAUAUGCGGAUAUAGAUACCAAUUUAGUGGGAAUACAAAACACAAAGCAGCUGCAGAUGAACCUGGAUGUAGUGCAAAACGGUAUUACAGAAAAAGAAAAGGCACUAUUGCAGGAAAUUCAGGAAAAGUUUCUGUCACUGAUAAAGAAUCAACACUGGGAAGGUAAAGAAAUCCAUAUGUAUCGAGAAGCUACCAAAAAAAGUGGAUAAGAAAAAUAACUUUUAUUUUCGCUAUUUUGCGGAGUUCCAUGAACGCUUACAACAAUACUUGAGAUACCUAAUAAACAUUUCAUAAAAAACAA